AUAUAUGUCACAAUUGAAUAGUAGUGUCUUUAAAAUUUAUGAAUGAUAUUAAGAUUUUAAAAACUAAGAAGUAAGUCCAUGGCAAAAUGUCAAUGUAAAUCCACUGUAAAAAUGGAAGCAAACGGAUGUCAGUUUCAAAUGAUAACUAAAGCUUUUGUAUCAAAACCAGCUCCAUAUUGGGAAGGCACUGCAGCCAAAGGCGAUGAAUUUGUAACUCUUAAACUAACUGAUUAUCUGGGUAAAUAUCUGGUUUUUUUCUUUUAUCCCCUUGAUUUUACUUUUGUAUGCCCAACUGAGAUUCUGGCCUUUAAUAGCAAACUGGAAGACUUCAGGGGGAUAGAUACUGAGAUAGUAGCUUGUUCAGUUGAUUCUCAUUUCUCACAUCUGGCUUGGAUGAACACACCCAGAAUUGAUGGAGGUUUAGGCAAGGUUAAUUUUCCUUUACUAUCUGAUAUGAUGCAUACAAUAUCAAAGGAUUAUGGAGUAUAUUUGCCAAAUGUUGGUCAUGCGCUACGAGGUCUUUUUAUAAUCGAUAGGAAAGGUAUAAUACGACAAAUUACAAUUAAUGACUUAGCGGUGGGCAGAAACAUCGAUGAAGUAUAUAGACUGGUGCAAGCUUUUCAAUAUACAGAUGACAAUGAAAAUGUUUGCCCAGCUAAUUGGAAGCCUAACGGCAAGACCAAAAAAGAAAAAAAGGGCUUUUUUGAAAAAAUUGAACAUGGAGAUAAAUAAUAUAUUAUUCUAAACUAUAUUUUCUUUGUGAUAUGUGUAAUUUAAAAAUUAAUUAAAAUUUACUUGC